CAACCUACUUUGGGUAUGGAACCUAGACGGGGACUGGAAAAAGAGUCCACCUGUGUGGUGAUGAAGCCCAGCGUGGAGAUGCAGCCUCCUGUGGAGGUGGACAUGGGGUUCCCCCAACCAGAGGAUCCAGAUGAAACUAAGCCUACAGAACCCCAAAUGGGCUUGGUGAUAGAACCUUCUGAGUGCCAGUUGGCUCAACAACCUGAAGAGCAAAGGGAGACUGAGAACAUUGAACCAGGAGUAGAACCUCCAGAUCGCAUCAGACCCAUAUACUCUGGGAAAUUUUUUGAUCGGUUGCCUUGCUGGCCAAGUGCAGGGAAAGUUCUUCCGAUUGGAUACAGAGCUGCAAACUGCUUGACUGAAAAACUUCCCAGGCUAGUGACCCCACCUGAAGCAAAAAAAUUUUUCAACUUCAGAUAUCCACCUGCUGGAGCCGAAAGAGUAUUUUACGGCAGAGCAAAUGAUCCCCAAAUUGCACCUUCUUUGACACAUGGAAUCAGAUCUAAAAUUUCAACACCGGCAAAGGUACUGAUCAACCCACAGCCUAUUACAACCUUUCAACAGAAAAUGAAAGAUAAGAAGGAAUCAGUAUAUUUUAGCAAUCAACGGGCACCGUUAGGAAAAUCUCAUGACCAGACGCCAGGAUUACCUAAAGGCCUGGAUAUACUCAACACGACAUUUGGGACGGCAGUCAUCAAAGAAUUACCUGCUAGAGAGGUGGUGAAUCCACCAAAAUCCUAUCAAGAAGUAUUUGAAGAAGGACAGGCAGGACACGAUCUGUAUAUUGUAUCUCACAAUGAUUAUUAUGCAGGAGAAGCAAAGCACCGAAAGUAUAAUCCGUCAAGUUUUCAUAGAUUUAACUUGUAUGGGAUCCCAACACCACAUUUUAAUGAUGGACGAAACAUGGCAAAAACUUUACAUUGGCUCCACGAACUACAAAUGAAAAGAGGAGCUAAGGUUGUAUCCAAGAGAGUUGAUGAUUUCAAAGAAAAAUUUCAACAUAAACUUGGAAGAACUUUAGAUCCCAUUGCAGAAACAAUGAAUGUUCCCCCAGACCACAUAUUUGGGGCUUGUCUCCGUCCUGAUGAUUAUGGAGCUGGUGAUCUCAUCCACAGAAGACUUCCGGGAGAAUAUCUCCGAGGCAAGGACAGACAGAGAGCCCUGGUUGCAGCAGUGCGACAUCACUUAAAGAAAGUUAACUACCAAAACUUUGACACUUUGUUGUCAGCCUUCAGACACUAUGACAAGAAGGGAGAUGGGGCCAUAGAUAAAGCUGAGCUUCGGGAAGCGUGUGACCAGGCCAGUUUGCACAUAGAUGAGAAGCUCUUGGACCAGCUGUUUGAAUACUGUGAUGUGGAUAACGACGGGCUGAUUAACUACCUUGAAUUUGCAAAUUUUCUUAACUGGAAAGAUAAAACCCCCCUUAAGGAGUAUGAAGAGAGGGUCAUUAUUAAAGGUGGAAAACCAGAUUGUGCAAACCCUGCUGAGGCUAAUGUAGAAGAAUCUGAACCAGCUCUCCUGAUAAAGCCUGAAGAUAUUGUCUUGAAAGAGCCAGGGAGCUCAGAAAAGACUCUGCGGACACUUCUGAGGCCAAGCGAUGAAGUUUCUAAUCACUACAAGACCACUUCUUCGGAGAUCAGUGCAGUUGUAGGCGCUGUUCCUUCUACUUGUUAUCCCACCUACGGUGUUCCAACCAUUCGGUCCGAUAUUCCCGCCCCCCGAAUUCGCCGUAUCAGUGACAGAACCAAUUAUGGUGAAGAGGGAAAUGCCUAUUCAUUGCUGUAUCCUACCAUCUUUGGCCAGAAAGAAUUGUUUGAAAGAGACUUCUUCAAGACCAGAUCCAAAAAAGAGAUUGCAGAGAUAUUAUGUAACAUUGGUGUCAAGCUUUCCGAGGAUGAAUUUGAAAAUGUAUGGAAUCUUGCAUCAAAAAAACAUCACGGAGGACAAGUUUGUGUUGAGACUAUCAGAACUGUUCUGAGUGAGUUACAGUACGCAGACUGGACCAAGUGCAAAACAGCCAUGUGA